CGCCACCACAACUCACUCAGUUCUCAGCGCACUACAGCAGCAGCAGAGUUGCCUCUAUCUCUCUCUAGCUUGGAGCACAAAACAAUGGCGUUCAACCCUGCCCCUCCAGGACUUGGCUUCCCCUACCUCCCUCCAAACCCUUACCUCCCUCCAAACCCUUACCUUCCAAGGCCACCACUGCGGCCUCAAGCCCCGCCACCCCCGCAGCGCUUCCCGCCGCCCAUGCGAGCCCCGCCGCCGCCGCAGCGUGCUCCGCCACCACCCCAAUCUCCGCCUCCACGCCGUGCUCCGCCACCGCCCAUUCUUCCCCCUCCACCACCGCCCAUUCUUCCCCCUCCACCACCACGCCGUGCUCCCCCGCCACCCACUCUACCCCCUCCACCACCGCGUCGUGCUCCCCCGCCGCCCGCUCUGCCCCCGCCACCACUUCGUCGUGCCCCGCCUCCACCCGCCUCACCCUCACCACCACCACGCGGUGCUCCACCCCCACCAUCACCACCCAUUCGGCCACCACCACCGCCAACUCCUCGCCCUCAAGCACCACCGCCACCUCGCCCGCUAGCACCACCACCGCCUCAUAUCCACCCACCACCAGCUCCCAUGCCGCCUCCGCCUAGCCCUCCACACCACAUCGUCAUCAUCGUGGUGUUCGUCUCACUGGGCGGCCUCCUGCUGCUUGGAUGCCUCGCUGCAUUCUUCUGCUGGCACAAGAAAAAAGGGAGGAAGACAGAGGCCAAGGCUGAGGUGCUCAACUACAGCGACCAUGUCCAUGUCCACAAGGAGACCAUGUCAGGCCCCCAUGGCGCCGACAUUGUCAAGCUCUCAAUAGACGAGGACAUCAAGUUCCAAGAGACGGUGAAGAAGCAGGACACCAUUGGUGAAUCCUCAAGCACUGCAGCAGCAGGGAAGACGGCGCACCACCACCUCCCUUGGACCUGGCACAAGAAACAUGAGAGCAAAGAGAAGAAGACAGAGCUCAUCAAUGUCACCAAGCACAAGCAUGUCGACGAGAUCAUUCCGGGGCCUCACGGAGAAAAGAUUGAGGUCCUUUCGGAAGAUGAAGACAUCAGAUUUGAAGAGGCGGGCCAGAAUGAAGAAGAAUUUGAGAAAUCCAAGGCUCACAUAACCAGAUCGUAAGAAGAUGCCACUGCCUGCGGAAGACCACCAAGACAAUACUGAAAGCAGUAAUCAUUCCAUACGACCAUACCCACACGCACAUACACAUCCAUUCCAUGCAUUUGAGUAUUUUGAUAAGAUUCCAUGGUUCUUUGAUGUUACUGAAAUAAGGGUGCCACAGACCCAUUUGAUUGGAUUCAAUAUGUAAUUAUUUGUCAGCAAUUGUAUAUGGGCAAUUUAUGCGUGCAAACAA